GACGUACCAUUGCAAAUAAGGUAUUCUAGUAGUAAAUAUACACCCACAAUAGAAUAUGGCCCGGUGCAUGACGGGAGGUGAUCUGACCUUCGAGAGUUGAGAAGUUGAUAGUUGACUUGAAGCCUGAGAGCGAAGUUUACACAUUGUCACCAUGUCGCUCUCCCGCAUAGAGCGAUUACAAGUGUGGGUUAUGAGCGCGAUCAUGGCCGUGUUAUACGUAUUAUUUUGGUUGCUGAGUCCAAGACCGAGGGCUGGUGCACCUUCCAAAGUUCCUCCAAUCACCAACCCGCUGCUGAAGCUGUCUGCAACACAACUUGCACAGAAAAUUCGUCGGAGAGAGCUGUCAAGUGUGGAAGUGGUCCAGGCUUACAUAGACAGAAUCCAGGAGGUUAACCCUCUACUCAAUGCCAUGGUCAAGGAUAGGUUCUCUGCUGCCCUGCAGGAAGCUGCUCAGGUAGACAUACUGAUAGAGGAAGAGACUGCAGGAGGAGAGGAAGCCCUGGCUGAACGCCUCCCACUUCUAGGGGUCCCACUCUCAGUGAAGGAGUCUUUCGCCCUUCAGGGCAUGCCUCACACCUCUGGCCUGCCCUCCAAGGCGGGGGUGUUGGCGAGUGUGGAUGCCCCCAAUGUGGCCAACCUGAAGAGGGCAGGGGCCAUUCCGCUAGGGGUCACCAACACCCCUGAACUCUGCAUGUGGAGCGAGAGCCACAACCGCCUGUACGGCCUCACGAGGAAUCCCUACAGCCUGGACCGCACACCUGGAGGGAGCUCAGGAGGGGAGGGUAGUCUGCUGGGUGGAGGGGGUUCUGUGAUUGGGGUGGGCUCUGACAUCGGCGGCAGCAUCCGCAUGCCCUGCUUCUUCAAUGGAAUCUUUGGCCACAAGAACACCCCUUACAUUGUGAGUAAUGGCGGCCAACUUCCUCCUUGCUCUGGUCUGCAGGAGGACUACCUCAGCACCGGACCCAUGUGCCGCUACGCUGAAGACCUGCUGCCCAUGCUGAAGAUCAUGGCAGGACCAAAUGCUCACAAGCUUUCCUUGUCUGAACCUGUGGACUUGAAGAAGCUGCGUUUCUUCUCUGUUCCUCAUGAUGGAGGAAGCCCUUAUACUUCUCCCGUGGACAAACAGCUCAUACAAGCUCAGAGACAGGUUGUGGAGCACCUGGAGGCAGACCUUGGGGUCAGAGUUCAGGAGUUGCGUCUACCAGAGCUCAAGUAUGGCCACCCAAUCUGGGAGCUCUUCAUGGGCCUACCUGACAAAGAUGGAAAGCCCCCACAGCCCUUUUCAGAGCUGAUGGCAGAGGGGGGGUCAACUGUUUGGCCCCCAUGGGAGUUAGUCAAGUGGAUGCUUGGAAGAUCCUCACAUACUAUGGCGUCAAUAGGUCUAGCCCUCUCAGAGAUGGCUCACUUUGGCAAGCCAUCGCAGUUCCUCCUGCAGCAGAAGGAGGCGCUAGAGAGGCGUCUGGAGGAGCUGCUGGGCACUGAUGGGGUGCUGCUGUACCCCCCUCAUCCCCAUCUGGCCCCCAAACACCACCACCCACUCUUCACACCCUUCAACUUUGCCUACACUGGCAUUUUCAACAUCCUUGGUCUGCCGAUUACCCAGUGUCCUCUGGGGUUGAGCCAAGAGGGGCUGCCGCUGGGCGUGCAGGUGGUUGCCGGAAAACUGCAGGACCGCCUGACGCUGGCCACCGCCCUGUAUCUGGAGAAGGCUUUUGGGGGGUGGAGGGACCCAGGGGAUCCCUGACUGAAGGAGCACCAGGGGUCACCCCAGUAGGACAGACCCAGUGACCUUUGACCAGGUGUGCAGGGUGCAGGUUCAGGAAUGCAUAUUUUUGGUUUUGUUCUGUGAAAUGGGGUAUUCUC